AUGGCGGCCACUCCGCGCACGUCCACCCUCCCUCUGACGGACACCGACGACCCUCUGGCGUCUCUGGACCUGGGCACGAUGACCAUGUCCAUUUCCGCCUCGGCCAUCGUCACAAUGAUUCCCUCCUUGUAUGCCAUUGACUCCCUGGUCAGCGCCAUGCUGGCCGUCGCGGUAUCAGACGAAUUGACGAACCCUGUCCUCGCCGAUAUGAAACUCUACGACCCACGACCCCAAUCAUUCCCCCGCGAUGCGCCGUUUAAUGGAAACCUAGUCACCACGCUCGCAGAGCGCGAAGAAAUCGAGGAGAGCAACCAGCUCAUGAUGAAGGUGAAAGCGCAACCGUCCCAGAGGGGGAGACGGCAGAGAUCGAGACUACGGUUCUGGGAUCGGUCUACGCCGAAGACUAAGGCUAAGAACAAAAACAAGAAAAUCGUGAUCGAAGAAUUCGACCUGGAAAAGUACGGGCGAUACGGACAGAGUUCGUCGCGCGAGGGGCAGAAACUACCGAGUGUGACGCGUGGUUGUUUACGGGUUAUAUUCUGGGGGUUGAAUCUUGUAGUGCGUGGGCUUACUCUGGUGGUUAAGCUGAUUGCUUGGUUUUUUGGUGAAUAUUACGCUAUGUGUGACGAGUGA